AAACACUAUUGUAGCUGAAUUCGCGCUUUUGAGUGGCGGCGCGUGAGCACGCAGAAAUCAACACUCGCCGCUUUUUAAAAUUAAAAUCGAGAUAUCUUUAAGAUAAAAAACUUUUAAGAGAUGUUUUAUCACAUCUCUUUGGAGCAUGAGAUUCUCCUGCAUCCACGAUACUUUGGACCGAACCUUUUGAACACAGUCAAACAGAAGCUGUUCACUGAGGUGGAGGGAACAUGUACGGGGAAGUAUGGCUUUGUUAUUGCAGUAACCACAAUCGAUAAUAUUGGAGCAGGUGUUAUCCAGCCGGGCAGAGGUUUUGUGCUGUAUCCCGUCAAAUACAAGGCCAUCGUGUUCCGUCCCUUCAAGGGAGAAGUUGUGGAUGCAGUCGUCACCCAGGUUAACAAAGUUGGACUCUUUACAGAAAUUGGCCCCAUGUCUUGUUUCAUUUCUCGUCAUUCUAUUCCCUCUGAGAUGGAGUUUGACCCGAACUCAAAUCCUCCAUGCUAUAAGACAGUCGAUGAGGACGUUGUGAUCCAACAAGAUGAUGAAAUUCGACUGAAGAUUGUGGGAACUCGAGUGGAUAAGAAUGAUAUUUUUGCCAUUGGAUCUCUCAUGGAUGACUACCUGGGUCUUGUGAGCUGAUUCUUCUGCCAAGAAUAUAAGACAUAUGAAACUUGAUGCUGUGGUGAUGCUAAAUAGUUUGUAUAUACUGUAAUUAUUUUCCCAUUCAUUUGAAAUUGUCUUUUCCCCCCCCUCUUUUUAUUGUUAUUUUUAUCCCCAUGUUAGUAGUAUAUCCAUAGUUUUCCCAUGGCAACAGUUCAAUUGUGGAAAAGCAUCAGGUUAAAUGGGAAGAGCAUGUAGCUCUACGUGAUGGAAAGACUUUGAAUUGUUUAAUUAAAAUAUCAUCAGUU